CCAUAAAGGUGCUGCCUCGGCUGCUGGGGAGAACACUUUCGGCUGCUGACGGUACGGAUGGCACCCGGUGAGAUGGGGCCAAAACCAGGCAGAUGGGUGCCUCUAGGGCAUCUCCUCUCUCUGCUCUUCUCCACCAGCAUGGCGUACAUUGCUACCAGAGAAAACUGCUGCAUAUUAGAUGAGCGAUUUGGUAGCUACUGCCCCACAACUUGUGGCAUUGCAGAUUUCUUUAACAAAUACCGUCUCACUACGGAUGGUGAACUGUUAGAAAUUGAGGGACUUCUGCAGCAAGCUACUAACUCCACAGGAUCAAUAGAAUAUUUGAUUCAACACAUCAAAACCAUCUAUCCUUCAGAGAAGCAGACACUACCACAAUCUAUUGAGCAAUUGACUCAGAAGUCCAAGAAAAUAAUUGAAGAAAUUAUCAGAUAUGAAAACACUAUUUUGGCUCAUGAAAAUACUAUACAACAGUUGACAGAUAUGCAUAUAAUGAACAGCAACAAGAUCACACAACUGAAACAGAAGAUUGCUCAGCUUGAGUCACACUGCCAGGAACCAUGCAAAGAUACUGCUGAAAUACAGGAGACAACUGGAAGAGAUUGUCAAGAUAUUGCAAAUAAAGGUGCCAGAAAAAGUGGUCUUUACUUCAUCAAGCCUCAAAAAGCUAAGCAGUCAUUCCUAGUCUACUGUGAGAUUGACACAUAUGGCAACGGCUGGACAGUAUUACAGAGGAGAUUGGAUGGGAGUGAGGACUUCCGGAGAAAUUGGGUUCAAUACAAGGAAGGAUUUGGACAUCUGUCACCAGAUGACACCACAGAAUUUUGGCUGGGCAAUGAAAAGAUUCAUUUAAUAACUACACAGUCCACUCUGCCAUAUGCCUUGCGAAUAGAAUUGGAGGACUGGUCUGGCAAAAAAGGCACUGCUGACUAUGCCGUGUUCAAAGUGGGAACUGAAGAAGACAAGUACAGACUGACCUAUGCCUACUUUAUUGGUGGCGAAGCUGGAGAUGCUUUUGAUGGCUUUAAUUUUGGAGAUGAUCCAAGUGACAAAUCCUAUACCUACCAUAAUGGCAUGCGCUUCAGCACCUUUGAUAAUGACAAUGACAACUUUGAGGGCAACUGUGCUGAGCAAGAUGGAUCUGGAUGGUGGAUGAAUAGAUGCCAUGCUGGUCACCUCAAUGGACAAUAUUAUAUAGGUGGUGUGUACUCUAGAGAUACUGGUACAAAUUCAUAUGACAAUGGCAUUAUAUGGGCAACAUGGCGUGACCGAUGGUACUCCAUGAAGAAAACUACAAUGAAAAUCAUCCCAUUCAACAGACUCUCAAUAGAUGGACAGCAGCACUCAGGAGGCCUCAAGCAGGUUGGAGACUCAUAAAGGGGCAAUUUAAUAAAGACUGAUCUGAAUGGAGAAAAUAAAUCUUUUAUUUGUACGACACUGAACUUAUCUCACCUUCCACAAUUUGGACAUCAGUGUUGUGAAAUGUCAUCGACUAUAAAAUGCACAACAGUUUUCCUUGAGCAGCGCUUACCUCUUUACAUGGUUAUUUUUUCUGUACACAUUCCCAAUAAAUUUUUGAUUAUUACAGAAGAGCUGA